UCUAAAAAUAACACAAUACGUAUUGCGCGUGUGCUUAGUUUUAGCUUUUUGUUUAAAAAAAAUAAGGUAAAUAAAGGUAAGUUUCAUAUUUUUCUAUAUUUUGAAAAUAUUUCGCGCGCAUACAGCAAUACUCGGAAUAUCCACAAAAUAUUCGAUAUAUCUUCGACUUAUGAUAUUCGAUUUAUGAUAUUUAUCAUAAAUACAGUUUGCGAAACCCAGAUUGAAUAGGUAUUGUUAACAGGUUUCACCACAUUAAGCCUAGUGCAGAAAUUAAUCGGCGUGAUAACGCGAUUUUUUCGAACUAAUUUUUCGGAGCUAAUAAUAGAUAGAUAGACAGUAAAUCCGAAACGAUCGUUCUCCGCUUGAUCGAUCACGAUGAGUGAUUUUUCUCAAUUAACUUGCCGGAUGCAUAUCGUUGGUGCCGUAUGCACAGAUGCACUUAAAUUGAACGAAGCAGUGGUGACGAUUAGAAUGCUCCUGUUUCGCAAGAGGGAUAUCGAAGGAUAAUGGCACUUUGCGUUUGCACAAGAUCACUAUGUGGAAGGCGAUAUUGCUGUGCGCGUUCUUGAGGUUAGCGGCCACCAAGAAGGCUACCUUCUACAAUUACAAGGUCUUCAUGGCUUAUGCCAAUCACGGAGAAGCAUCUGAAAGUAUUGCGCCACCUCGAAGAGUCCAUCGAUGGGAACCGAACGCUGUCCUUCGACUUCACCGACUACUACAAUCUUGCGGCGAUCUAUAAGAAUCUGGACGACUUGGCCAAGCAGCAUCCCGACAAAGUGCAGAUCAUCGCACAGUGGGCCAGAAUUCCAGAAAAGUGUCAAAAAAUAUAUUUUUCGACCGUUUCCGGAUUUAAACAAAUAUGUGUCAUUAAUAUCAUGUAAUCAUUGAAUAUCGUUAAUUUUAUUAUAGA